AUCAUAUUAUGCGCUUCACCGGAUACGGUACGAGAGAUUAUGCUUGCCGCACACGAACUUGGCAUGGCUACAUCGGGCGACUAUGUGUUCAUCAACAUCGACGUUUCAACGGGGUCUCAUGCAGAAAAACCGUGGGUUCGAGCAAACGAAACGAAUCAGGAAGAGAAUGAGAAAGCAAAAGAAGCAUAUCGAGCACUGAAGACGAUAUCACUUCGGAGGUCUGUGACAUUUAUCUUACUAUCUGACACGUGCUUAAUUUGA